CACGAGGUCAGGAGAUCGAAACCAUCCUGGACAACACGGUGAAACCCCCUCUCUACUAAAAAUACAAAAAUUAGCUGAGUGUGGCAGCGCAUGUCUGUAAUCCCAGCUACUCUGGAGGCUGAGGCAGGAGAAUCGCUUGAAACCGGGAGGCGGAGAUUGCAGUAAACUGAGAUCCCGCCAUUGUACUCCAGUCUGGGCAACAAAAGCGAAACUCCAUUUCAAAUAAAUAAAUAGAUAGGCACAAACAGAUAUGUUAACAUUAAUCAAAAGAAAACCAGAGAGACUAUAUUAAUAUUAGACAAAGUAGAUUUCAGAAGAGGCCAGGCGUGGUGGCUCAUGCCUAUAAUCCUAGCACUCUGAGAAGCCGAGGCGGGUGAAUUGCUUGAGUCGAGGAGUUGGACACCAGCCUGGGCAACAUGGCAAAAUCCGGUCUCUACAAAAAAUACAAAACUUAGCCGGAUGUGGUAGCACGUGCCUGUAGUCCCAGCUACUCAGGAGGCUGAACUGGGAGGAUCGUUUGAGCCCAGGAGGUUGAGGCUGCAGUAAGCCAUGAUCCUGCCACUGCACUCAAGCCUUAGUGACAGAGCAAUACCCUGUCUCCAAAAAACAAACAAACAGCAAAAAACCAGUCGUUUCCGGGGAGCGAGACUCCAAAUGGGUCGCAGUCGCAGCGGCUCCCCACGGAGGAAAGGUAGGCGUUCCCGGUCCACUUCCCGUGAGAGAGAACGCAGGCUCCAAGAAAAGUCCAGGUCUCGGGAGAGAGAUGGGAGAAGGAACCGCUCGCCAACCCCGCACCUAGGACGCUCCCGAUCUCCAAGACGACAUAAAUCCACAUCUCCUUCCCCUUCUCAGCCGAACGAAAGAAGAGAUGAGGAAAAGAAAGAAACAAAGAGCAAAGAAUGGCAAAUUACUGAGGAAGACUUAGAGGGCAAAACAGAGGAAGAAAUAGAAAUGAUGAAGUUAAUGGAAUUUGUCUCCUUUGACUCCACAAAAGGUAAGAAGGUGGAUUGCUCUGUAAAUGCCUAUGCCAUAAUUGUCUCUCAGAAGAGGAAGUACGGGCAGUAGAUGAAUCGAAAAGGUGGAUUCCACAGACCUUUGGAUUUCGUUGCAUGAGAAUUGAAAUGUUGAAGAAUGAUUUUUUCCCCUCAUCUUGGUCAGAGAGUGGAUUUUGUAUUUAACUUGCAUUCAAAAAACAGG